CUUUUCUUGAUGAUUGGAGAGGGAUUAAAUGGUUUGGUCCAAAAAGCAGUAUCGGAGGGUAUGUUGAGAGGUAUAGAGAUUGGCAAGAGGGGAUUAGCUAUUUCUUUACUUCAAUUCGCAGACGACACAAUCAUUAUGGGAAAAGCUGCCACAGAGAACAUUUUUAUGGUCAAAACAAUUCUGCGAUGGUUCGAACUGAUGUCUAGUCUGCAAAUCAAUUUUAGCAAGAGUAACAUUUAUGGGUAUAAUGUGCCAGCGAAAUGGGUAGAAGGAUCAGCCAGUAUGUUGCGUUGUGGUGUUGGGAAAUCUCAUUUUUGGUAUUUGGGAAUGCCUGUCGAUGGAAAUCCCGGGAAUAAGAAGUUAUGGGAGCCGCUAGUGAAUAAAUUUCGAGCCAAACUUGCUGUCUGGAAGGCUGCUUCGCUGUCCUUUGGUGGCCGCCUCACUCUGCUCAACUCGGUACUUUCUGCUCUACCCAUUUUUUAUAUGUCGUUGUUUUUAAUUCCAAAUUCUGUGAUGAUUGAAUUGAUUAGUAUUCAGAGAAAUUUUCUAUGGGGAGGGGUAGAGGGGCAGAGGAAGAUCUCGUGGGUGAAAUGGGAUAAGGUGUGCGGGAGUAAGGUAAAAGGGGGAUUAGGGGUAACGGACCUGCGUAGGAAGAAUUGGGCUUUGCUAGGGAAGUGGUGGUAUAGGUUUGGAGAGGAUGUGGAGAGCUUAUGGAAAAGAAUUGUGACGGAGAAAUAUUACGGGGGGAACAGGGAUGAGGUAGACAUUACAGCAGUGGGGAAUUGGAGAACGUCUAGAAUAUGGAAAGAUAUUAUUAGUAUAGGGGGUUGCUCUAGGAGGCUUAAAAAUAUGUUAGUGGAGGGUUUCAGGUGGGAAGUGGGGGAAGGGAACCGAGUGAGUUUUUGGAGAGAUCUAUGGGUUGGGAAUAAAAAUUUACGGGAUUUAUGCCCAAGGUUGUAUGAGCUAUCUAAGAUCAAGUUGGGAAAUAUUAGUGAUAUGGGGGUAUGGGAGGGGGAAAAAUGGAGCUGGAAAAUGGAGUGGAGGAGAGGGAGAAUAGGUCGAGAGAAGGAUGAGGAGGAGGUGUUGUGGGAGAGGUUGGAUAGUAUUCAAUUAAAAAAAGGUGUGAAAGACUUAUGGAGGUGGGUCCAUGAUUCGGAGGGAAAUUUCAUGGUGAGGAAGGCUUAUGAAUUUUUAGCUCCUACCGAGAGUAUUUUAGAGGACCAAUUGAGCAAGCUAAUUUGGUGUAGAUUAGUACCAUCCAAAGUGUCUUUUUUUGGAUGGAGACUAUGCCUUGAUAGGUUACCAACUAAGUGGAAUAUUAUGAAAAGAGGGGUUCUCCUGCAGGAGGAGGAGUUAAUGUGUGGUUUGUGUGGUAGUAUGGUUGAAGAAGCCAACCACUUAUUUUGUAUGUGUAAGGAAGCCUGGAUUAUUUGGGUAGAGGUUCUGAAGUGGUGGGGCAUGGAGACUGUUAUGCCUAAUAAUGUAUUAGGAGUGGCAGACAUUUUUGUACAAGAUGUGGGUAGGAUAAUAGGGAAGGAGAUGGGGGCUUGCAUCUUUCUUAUUGUCUCAUGGUAUCUUUGGUAUUGGAGAAAUGGUAAGGUGUUUAAUAGAGGAGAUAACAUCAGGGGAAGAUUAGUAGAUAUGGUUCAAGCCAAGUCAUUCUUUUGGAUCAAAAACAAGAUACAAGGCUGUGUUUUCUCUUUUCAUGACUGGAAAGUAAAUCCAGUUGAGUGUGCUUCAUCAAUAAGAAGAUACAAACGGGAGCUGAAGCUAGUCCACAAACAGCAGAAAAGAAUGGCGACAGAGUAAGACUUGAGGGGAGUGAGUGCCAUCAGCGUUUCGCAGCAGUCUGGAAGUUCGUCAGUUUCUUGUAGUACUUUGGCUGUCUACUUCUUUGGUUAAAAUGUUUCAUUUGAAUUUAGGAUGCCGAUUGUGUUUUGAAGUUCCAGUUGUUGUGAUCUUUGUAACAUCCCAGCUGAUUUUGUAUUUGUAAUGGGUAGGAGUACCCCUUGUGCUCCACAAAAUAAAUUUUUCUUUGCUGA